ACCUCAAUCUCAAUGCCCCCACACACAUUUAACCCAACCUUGUACUACUCAUCAUUUUAAAUACAUCACCCCAUCACUCUUUCUCUCAAUAGUCCUUUCACAUACUCAACCUUUCUCUUCUCUUUACAUUUGUGAAAGAAACCAUGAAGUUCAAUAGUACUAUUGCAAUGGCUAUGUUAAUUUUUCUUCAUCUUAGUUUUCUUUCCUUGAAGGUGUUUUGUUUCUCUUCUCAACAUCAUUCUCAUGCAGAUAGAAUUGUUGGUCUUCCUGGACAACCACACAUAACCUUUCAACAAUUCUCAGGAUAUGUAUCAGUUGAUGACAAGAAAAACAAGUCUCUUUUUUACUAUUUUGUUGAAUCAGAAAUUGAUCCACCUUCAAAACCUCUUGUUCUUUGGCUCAAUGGAGGACCUGGUUGUUCUUCACUAGGAGUAGGUGCAUUCUCAGAAAAUGGACCCUUUAGACCAAAUGGUGAAUUUCUCAUAAAAAAUGAACAUAGUUGGAAUAAAGAGGCAAACAUGUUGUAUUUAGAGACACCAAUUGGAGUUGGAUUCUCUUAUGCUAAAGGUAGUUCCUCUUAUACAACAACAGUAAAUGAUGAGGAAACAGCAAGGGACAAUCUUGUAUUCUUGCAACGUUGGUUCAAUAAGUUUCCACAAUAUAGAAACAGAGAUUUGUUUCUAACAGGAGAAAGUUAUGCAGGUCAUUAUGUUCCUCAACUUGCAAAACUCAUGAUUGAAAUGAACAAGAGAAACAAGAUAUUCAAUCUUAAAGGCAUAGCUUUGGGAAAUCCAGUUUUAGAAUAUGCCACUGAUUUCAAUUCAAGGGCUGAAUUCUUUUGGUCUCAUGGACUAAUUUCAGAUUCAACAUACAACAUGUUUACUACUGUGUGUAAUUACUCUCGCUAUGUGAGUGAGUACAAUAGAGACUCAGUUUCACCUCUUUGUUCAAAGGUUAUGGGAUUGGUGAGCAAAGAAACUAGUAAAUUUGUUGACAAAUAUGAUGUCACACUUGAUGUUUGCAUUUCAUCUGUGUUAUCACAAUCCAAGGUUAUUAAUCCUCAACCACAACAAGCGAAUGAGAGGAUCGAUGUAUGUGUGGAUGACAAGGUUACAAACUACUUAAACCGGAGAGAUGUGCAAGAGGCACUUCAUGCUAAGCUUGUCGGAGUUCGCAAGUGGGAUGUUUGUAGCAACAUUUUGGACUAUGAUGUGCUUAACUUGGAAGUGCCAACACUUCCUAUUGUUGGAUCAUUGAUAAAAUCUGGAGUGAGAGUUCUAAUUUACAGUGGAGAUCAAGAUUCAGUAAUUCCACUAACUGGAAGUAGAACCUUAGUUCAAAAGUUGGCUAGACAAUUAGGACUUAAUACGACAGUCUCUUACAGAGUAUGGUUUGAAAGCCAACAGGUUGGUGGAUGGACUCAAGUUUAUGGGAAUAUGCUCUCAUUUGCAACAGUCAGAGGUGCUGCACAUGAAGUUCCUUUCUCACAGCCUGAAAGAUCACUUGUGCUAUUCAAAUCAUUCUUGGAAGGAAGGCCUUUACCUGAAGUUUUCUGACACACUCUUUUCCCUUUUGUUUGUUUUCAUAUUAAUUAGUUGAGUUUGUAAGUAAGCAUUAUUAUCCUUUAAUACAAAAAUAAUUAGAGAAAAGGAAUGUAUUACUGUGCAGAAUGUCUAAAAGAAAAGUUUGACAAUUUUUUUCAUAACUUUUAUGGCCUUUUGGGUUUUCAACCUUAGUUAGUGAGUUUUUGUGUGCUUGCUUUUUCUUUAUUGAAUUGUUAAGUGUACUUAAGAAAUUAUGUAAAAAAGUUGUUGAAUGUUCUAAAUUUUAAGGUCAACAAUGAGGUUUGUGAAA